AUGUUUCGGAUGGUUCUAGAAGGUCCCCGGCGGAUGCUGAAGGAAGGGAGAGAGUCCCGGCAGCUGGUGCUGCUGGUGGUAUGUGUGGCUCUGCUUUUGGACAACAUGCUGCUGACUGUGGUGGUGCCCAUUGUGCCCACCUUUCUAUACGUCACAGAGUUCAGCCAAAUCAACGCUUCUCAGCGCCUGGGCCCGGCCAUGACUCCCCAGCAUGCCCUCACCUCGUCUACCUUCUCCACCAUCUUCUCCUUCUUUGACAACAGCACCGUGGCCUUUGAAGAAAGUGGGCCCGGUGCCUGGAUGAAUGGCACGCCUGGCACCCCACCCCCUCCAGCCCCUGACGCUCUCUCAGCACACACACAGAACUGCUUGCAAGGCACGGACUUCUUGGAGGAAGAGAACACACGAGUUGGGAUUCUGUUUGCGUCAAAGGCUCUGAUGCAACUUCUGGUCAACCCAUUUGUGGGGCCUCUCACUAACAGGAUUGGAUAUCACAUUCCCAUGUUUGCUGGCUUUGUUAUCAUGUUCUUCUCCACAAUUAUGUUUGCGUUUUCUGGUACCUAUGCUCUCCUCUUUGUGGCCAGGACUAUUCAAGGCAUCGGAUCUUCAUUUUCAUCUGUUGCAGGUCUUGGAAUGCUGGCAAGUGUCUACAAGGAUGACUGUGAGAGGGGCCGUGCCAUGGGAAUAGCCUUGGGAGGCCUGGCUUUGGGAGUCCUGGUGGGUGCUCCCUUUGGCAGUGUGAUGUACGAGUUUGUUGGGAAGUCUGCUCCCUUCCUCGUCUUGGCCUUCCUGGCAGUACUGGAUGGAGCACUACAAUUCUGCAUUCUACAGCCCUCAAAAGUCUCCCCAGAGAGGGUCAUGGGGACCCCACUCUUCACACUUCUUAAGGACCCGUAUAUCCUGGUGGCUGCAGGCUCUCUCUGCUUUGCCAACAUGGGGGUGGCCAUGCUGGAGCCCACUCUGCCAAUCUGGAUGCUGAAAACCAUGUGCUCCCCUGAGUGGCAGCUGGGUCUGGCUUUCUUGCCUGGCAGUCUGUCCUACCUCAUUGGUACCAAUCUCUUUGGUGUGUUGGCUAACAAGAUGGGCCGGUGGCUGUGCUCUCUGGUUGGGAUGGUGGUUGUAGGCGCCAGCUUGCUCUGUGUUCCUCUGGCUCACAAUAUUGUUGGCCUCAUUGGCCCCGUUGCAGGGCUUGGCUUUGCCAUAGGCAUGGUGGAUUCUUCUAUGAUGCCCAUCAUGGGACACCUGGUAGACCUGCGUCACACCUCUGUCUAUGGGAGUGUCUAUGCCAUUGCUGAUGUGGCUUUCUGCAUGGGCUUUGCAGUAGGCCCGUCCACUGGGGGUGCCAUUGUGCGGGCCGUCGGCUUUCCCUGGCUCAUGGUCAUCAUUGGGGUUGUGAACAUCCUCUACGCGCCUCUCUGCUACUACCUCCGGAGUCCCCCAGCCAAGGAGGAAAAGCUCGCAAUUCUGAGCCAGGACUGCCCCAUGGAAACCCGGAUAUAUGCAACCCAGAAGCCCACAAAGGAAUUUCCCCUGGGGGAAGACAGCGACUAUGAGGAGCCUGGCAGUGAGCAGUAG